AUGAAUCUGGACUUGGUCACGAGUGAUUAUCUGGGAGCAGUUCUAGUAAUAACUUUCCAGGUGUCUGCUAAUAUCAAAAAGGAGACCUACUACCCUGAGAUGCCGGUAGUUAUAGAUAGCAACAAGGUCUCCUCUCAGCCUUUUCUUCGCCAAGCAGAAGAGGUCCAGCUCUCUCAGCCUCUCCUCGUACAUCAUAUACUCCAGCCCCUGUCUGUCUCCGUGGCCCUCCGCUGGACUCCCUCCAAACAUUCUUACUUCCCAGCAACAUAUAAAUUCUUAUGCUUCCUGGACUACCUCCUGGCAGCAGUUCACGUUGAGCUGUUGAGAGAUGGAUGCGGACACACUGUUCUGGGCCCUGAAAGUGGAACUCUUGCUUCAAUAAACUACCCACAGACCUCUCCCAAUAGCACAGUCUGUGAAUGGGAAAUUCGUGUAAAGCCUGGACAGAGAGUUCAGCUCAAAUUUGGGGACUUUGAUAUUGAUGGCUCAGAUUCUUGUCAUUCGAGUUACCUAAGAGUUCACAAUGGAAUUGGCCCCACCAGGACAGAGAUAGGAAAAUACUGUGGGUUUGGCUUUCAGAUGGAUGGUUUAAUUAAAUCGAGAAGUAAUGAAGUCACAGUUCAGUUCAUGAGUGGAAUACACACUUCUGGGCGAGGAUUUCUUGCAUCUUACUCAACCACUGACAAGUCAGACCUAAUUACCUGUUUAGACAUUGCAAGUCACUUUUCUGAACCCGAAUUCAAUAAGUAUUGUCCAGCUGGAUGCGUGAUUCCUUUUGCUGAUGUUUCUGGGACUAUUCCCCAUGGAUACAGAGAUUACUGUACAUCUUGGCAAGGUCUGAUCCUGGGAGUAAUUUCAGCUAGAGAAGAUGCCCGUUCCAUGGGUGGAUUCUGUUCUGUAAGGUCCUCAUGGUGCUCUCUUGCUGUGGUGGAUGUUUGUUUGAAAGCCUGUGAUACGGAUCGUAGCUCUCAACUAGAUUUCAGGGGACCGUUAUCUACGAGUCUCUUCACAUUCAAGACAAGCGGUUGCUAUGGGACACUGGGGAUGGAAUCUAGAGUAAUCCCUGAUUCCCACAUUACGGCAUCAUCUAUUCUUGAGUGGUCAGACCAAGCGGGACAAGUGAACAUUUGGAAACCUGCAAAUGCCAGACUGAAAAGGCCUGGGCCUCCUUGGGCUGCUUUCAUCAGUGAUGAGCAUCAGUGGUUGCAGAUAGACUUGAAUAAGGACAAGAGAAUAACAGGUAUUAUAACUACUGGGUCAACCUUACCUGAGUACUACUAUUAUGUGUCAGCCUACAGAAUUUUAUACAGUGAUGACGCACAGAAAUGGACAGUAUACAGAGAACCCGGCAUUGAUAAAGAUAAGAUAUUUCAAGGGAACACUGAAUGUUAUCAGGAAGUUCGCAACAAUUUCAUUCCACCUAUUAUUGCACGGUUUUUUAGGAUUAACCCCUUAAAAUGGCACCAGAAAAUUGCAAUGAAAGUGGAACUCCUUGGAUGUCAGUUUAGUAUUGGCCGUGCUCCAAAAAUUACCGUGCCUCCGACACCUCAGAACGACGACAACGACUUCAGUGAUGACGUCAUUAAUUCGGUGAAGACUUCGCUGCAGACAGAUAAAACAACUUUCACACCUGAAAUAAAAAACACCACGGUGACUCCAAGUGUAACCAAAGAUGUGGCACUGGCAGCAGUUCUGGUUCCAGUAUUGGUGAUGGUCUUCACUACUCUGAUUCUUAUCUUGGUUUGUGCGUGGCAUUGGAGAAACCGCAAGAAAAAGACUGAAGGCACUUAUGAUCUGCCUUACUGGGAUCGUGCAGGGUGGUGGAAAGGAAUGAAGCAGUUUCUCCCCACCAAAUCAGCAGAACAUGAAGAAACUCCUGUUCGCUAUAGCGGCAGUGAAAUUGGUCGUCUAAGACCAAGAGAAGUCCCAACAAUGUUACAGACAGAGUCUGCAGAGUAUGCUCAGCCGCUGGUAGGGGGAGUUGUCAGCACGCUCCAUCAGAGAUCAACGUUUAAGCCAGAGGAAGGGAAAGAAGCAAGUUACGCUGAUCUGGACCCUUACAAUUCACCUAUACAAGAAGUUUAUCAUGCUUAUGCCGAACCACUACCUAUAACUGGACCGGAAUAUGCAACGCCAAUAAUCAUGGACAUGUCCAGUCACCCCAGCACACCUCUUUCUUCUAUUUCCACCUUCAAAGCUGCAGGGAAUCAAGCUCCACCACUAGCAGGAACUUAUAAUAAACUCUUAUCUAGGACAGAGAGUUCCUCAUCAGCUCAGGCGCUGUACGAUACACCAAAGGGGCAGCCGGGACCAGGUGCUGCAGACGAGUUGGUGUACCAGGUUCCACAGAGCAUGCCCCAGUCUACUGGGAGUAAAGACAAACUGAGUUAGCUCAUGCGUAAGGCAGGAUGACGGCAAAAGUGGCUUGUUUUUAAAAGCCAGCUCCUAAAAGCUCAUAGUUUCUUUUUAAUCACAUUAAUAUUAUUUGUCUUAAAUAAUACAGUUGAACCAAAAAAAUGUGUUAUUGGAGGUAUGAGGUCUAUAACUACAGCUUGUCUCCUUCAAAACCAUGGACUGACUGACUGACUGACUUUUUUACUACUGUACAAUAAUCUGUCAGACAUGAGAGAAAGACUUUUGAAGGUUAACGUCAGCAACACAUAGAUGUGAAUUAUAAAUUGGGAGAAACAGCUUUAAGUACGAAGGUCAAUAAUAUAGGUUUUGCUAAUGGUACUAUUCCUUAAAAAAAAAAAGAAUCUCCUAAAAUCUAUAUGUAAGCACUAUAGCUUCUAAAAUUCACUUUCCCCUAUAAAAUAGCCACACAACUAUGACCUUUUUUGGAAAAAAAAAAAAAAAGUGUUGGGAGAGUGUUUUGAAAAAAAACACUGUUGGGAACUGAUGGCAAAAAAAAAAAACCAAAAAAAACCACACACCUUCCUGGCAAAGUGGCCUUGAUGCUAAAUUACAUUAUUCCAACUUUUGUUCACGGGAUUAGGAAUCAGCAGGUGUGUGUUCCUCACAGGCUUUUCCUACCAUUUUGGUUAUCUUUCUAAAACUAGAAUCUUCUAGCUGUGCAAUUUGUAGUCUUCUCCAUCUGCUCACAGAAUCACAGAAUGGUGGAGGUUGGAAGGGACCUCUGGAGAUCAUCUAGUCCAACCUCCCUGCUCCAGCAGGGUCCUGGUCCUUUCUAGAGAUACAGUAGGCACAGACUAAGUCUUAAAAGGAAACUACAUGACAAUUGCUUUCACGUUUUCCCAAGUAAGUAAGUAAGUAAGUAAGUGAAGGCUACUCUGAAUAGUGUCUGCCUUGAACUCAAACUUCCCCAAGCGGUCAGUCUGCAAGAAAGAAGCUUCCAGGUCUUCAAGGUGACCAAGUUUGAGAGGUGUGUUUUUUUUUUUUUUUAUCCCGUCAGUUAAUAUCUAUUGUUGUGUGUUUUAAGAUGUAAGCAUAUACAAAGAAAGAUAUGUAUAUAAUUCUGUGCGUGCAUAAGGAAGCACACAAGUAUUCUAAUGGUGCGUAACGCUGGUGUUUGUUUGUUAUACACGCAUUUAGCACAUAUGGUACAUUUUAGCACAAAUGGAAAACUUGGCCCUAGGGCUCUUUUUUAUGAUUGUUCCUUAUUUAGAAGUAUAAAGGAUUUCAAAACCUUUGCAAGAGAUGCAGCUUGUUUCAAAGUGUAUCAAUUACAGAAGCAUUUAAUUGCAUAUAUAACCUUUGAAUGUUCCAGUUUCCUCUACUAUGAGGACACUGCAGUUUUCAUUUGAGAUAACAUAGACUAGUUUUAUCUAGGUGAUCACCUAAAUGAAAAGAAUUUGGAUCUCACACUUGCCAUUUUUUAUCUUGUUAGAAAGAAAGCACAGCUUUUUUAAUUUAAACAAGUAGUAGAAGAAGCUCUUAAAAAUAAAGCCAUUUUUAUUGUAACAGCACUGUUGGGAGGAUGCUGAAUUAACUUACAAAUGUGAAAACCCUUACUUAUACGUUAGCCCAGUUUUAUGGACUUUUACUGUUGUUGUUUUAUUUUUCUGUGAUGUAAUUCAAGUGAGCCUUGUUUACUGCCCAUGGUCCAUGUACUGGAUGGAUAACAUCCAAAUAAUAGAAACUAAAAUAUUGUUAAAGAUGACUGCCAUUACAUGCUUAUACCAGUACAGUAUUCUAACUUACCACUUGAAAAUUUGUUUGCACAGAAGCUGUAACUCUGUAAUGCAACGUUAUUUGUGGCCUAUUCAACAUCUAGAAUACAUUAUUACAUAUGCUGUACUUCUUUAAAGCCUACUUCUACAAUUUUUCCAUCAUGAGAAUGAUUUUUUUUUUUUUUUUUUUUAAGAAUUGGGUGUCUAGUGCCUAACUGUGAAUUUGCAAGUAAGGGGUGGUAUACAAGACCAAUUCAUGAAAAGGAAAUUCCUGCCUAUAGUUGUAUUUUUUGAUACUAUUGCAACUUACUCUGAGAAAGCUAGUUUGCAAGCUUUGUAGUUUUGCUUAAAAAUGUUAACAUUGUUCUUACCCAUCAGUAGUAACUAUGACUUUGAAAUUAACUGAGCUGAUUUUAUUUGAAAGAAAGAGGUGGAAGGUUAUUUCUUUGCGUCAAGAUGUGACUUGUUUCUAGCCAGGUGAAGAAACGCCUGCUUUAUCAAACCAUACCUGUUUAGGCUAAUCUGCCAUAAAAAUAAAUAGAUAUGUUUGAGGCAGGAAAAAUAAGACUCUUGGAAACCUGCAUUUAAUUUUUACUGUAGGUCAGGUAUGGUAUAACUUACAGGUACACUGUAGGCUAAGAUGGUAUGAGACUUAAAACAGUUUCUCUACAGCGGACUGGGUUAUUUUUGAAGCAACCUUAAUACAGUUUCAUUAUCUGAACAGUGUGAACUGUUGACUGAAAUGGCUGUUUAAGAAUAUUAGUUCUUCUUAUGAAAGGAGUUGGUCUUAAGCUUUGCUCCCUGCUUUUAAGUUUGAACAUUUUAUCUAUUAGGGGUAAGGAGAUACGGUUGAAUACAUAGGAGUUGGGUAUAAAAUGUAUGAACUGCUAAACGUUGAUUCACAAGUGUAAGCUGCAUAUGACACACCUAAGAUUAGCAUUUUCCCAUGUACAAUACAAGCAUAGGUACACUUAAUGAGUCUCUUUCUUUUACAUAUGAAAAAAAUACAGAUAUAAAAUGCAUUUCAACCUUGUUUGGAAUGAAAAUGGCUUGAGUAUUCUCCCAGAAUGUACAUUCUUACCUCAGCACAUAUUGUAGUUGCUCAGUAUUUGUAUAUGUUGCUAGAACUUAGAUUGUAUAAAUAGUGAGGGUUUUUUUAAUGUAUGUUAAAGUAUUUUAAAUAAAUUGUACAUACGUAUUAUGCUCCA